GCUGAUUGUCUGGCUGAUAUAAUGCGGCGCCCGAGACGGUGACCUUUAUACGGGUAGGGAAGAAUGCUGAGUCGACUGCAAGAGCUGAAGAAGGAGGAGGAGACUCUAUUGAAGAUGAAAGCAGCUCUCCAUGACCAGCUCAAUAGGUUAAAGGUUGAGGAGCUGGCUCUUCAAUCCAUGAUCAGUAUCAGAGACGAGCAAGAUCUGUCGCAACCUCCUGAGGCCCCAGAAGAGAGUGAGGUAAAAGUAGAUGAUGAGACCGCCAUUAACCAGACAGAACUACAACUUGGCUACUCCCAAGAGCAGGAAGAGAUGGAGGAGGAAGAGGAAGAUUCUGACAAUUAGGCGGAUAUGGAUAUGAUCCAGGGAAGAGACAUUUUUAUCAGUGGUCAGAUCCUAAGCUGAAGAAUUGGAAUCCCAGAGCCCUAGUCCUAUGGCCUUGAUCAUGCAUUCGAUCCUUCUAUUCCUUUGUAAUGAAGCCUUUUGCUGGCAGCACACAAAUGCCCAUCAUUACAUAGUCACAUGCUCCCCCUCAGUGUGCAGAGAUUUCAGCAUUUUCGCUGAGGGACAAUGAUGUAGAUGUAGCAAUGUUUAAGGCUAUAGAAUGGCUUAUUCAGUAUGGAUAGGGUUAAUCAUAAGAAGAAAAGAAGACAUGGAGUGUUCCCCUGGAAGUGGACAAUAAAGAUUAGCAGCGUUGGGAAACUUUUGCGCAUAUUUAUACGUGUAUUUCCUCUCUCAGGCUGUACGGUGCCUUGCAGAAGUCUUCAGACCCCGGACCAGUUCUUUUUGUUUUACGGAAUAUGAAACCCAAUGAUGUUAAUGUGAUUUUGAUUUAUCUCUGAAAGAAAUCUAGAAAUAAAACUGUAUUUGAUUUGCA